AAGUGAAAACAUGCCGGAAACGUGUCAGCAGCAGGCUGCUAAACUCAACUGCGCCUCCGAGCUCAAAGCGGAAGUUCAGCGCGGCCUGACUUGACAGCGCAGUUGAAAACAUACACGGGUCGUGGAAAAAUUACUACUUUAAAUCCUAAUUUGUCUUUCAAGCUGGUGCCACUGUGAAUUUAGGACAUCGACUAAAAAUGGGAAAUGUCUUUGUCCACUGUCUGGUGUCAUGAUGACCAUUUGCGGUACGUUGUUGCCAGAAGCUUUACCAAAAAGGUGUCGAUCAGCCCAUGUGAGCCAACCUGAGCUGGAUCCAGAGCACAUAUAAGAGUACUCUGAUGAGCCACCUCUCCCUGGUAAAACCAUGGAGGAGUCCAGUGUGUCAUCUACUGAGAAGCACCAGUGUUACAGUCAGGUGUCGACCAAGCUGGAUGGCCAGCUGAUUUCUCCAGGGUUGGAUGUGUACACCAAACAGCAGUAGUGCCAUGCCAGAGAACCCCAUGUGUCGUAUCUGUCAUGACAGCGGAGCCCAGGAGGAACUGCUGUCCCCCUGUGAAUGUUGCGGGACCCUGGCCACCAUCCACCGCAGCUGUCUGGAGCACUGGCUGUCUGCCUCAGGAACCAGCUUCUGUGAGCUCUGCCACUACCAGUUCACUGUGCAGAGGAAGUCCAGGUCACUGCUUGAGUGGAUGCAGAACCCAAGUCUUCGUCAGGAGAAGCGUACCCUGUUUGGUGACAUGGUCUGUUUCCUGCUCAUCACCCCUUUGGCCACCAUCUCUGGCUGGCUCUGCCUUCGUGGUGCCAUAGAUCACCUUCAUUUUGCCAGCCGGCUGGAGGCCGUGGGGCUUAUCUCACUUACAGUUGCCCUCUUCACCAUUUACCUUUUCUGGACUCUGGUGUCUCUGAGAUAUCACUGUCGACUGUACAAUGAGUGGCGACAGUCCAGUCAGAGAGUUGUCCUCCUCCUGCCCAGAUCCCACAGUGAAACAUCAGUGCUCCACUCCUUACACGGGGGACAGCGAUGGAAGCAGCCAUCCAAAGAGUCAAUAGUCUGAGCACAGAGCCAAUUCCAAGACAGACUCUCAUCGAGGGACAAACUCUGCUCAUCUUCUGGUCUCAUUGCACUUUAAAACACUGCUCUGAGAUGUUAUUUUAGAGCUGAUGUCACAUGUGUGAAUGGCCACAGGUCCAAGCACUUUAUUCUCAAACUGGCUGUGAAUACAGUAAAGGUCUGCCUCACCAGGAUACAAGGAUACUGUCAGAAGGCUAGACUGUGCCCUCUGCCUGCAUUUUCUCGUCACUGUUCUCUCUCUCCUCUGUUUGGCCUGUGAUUAGCUGCCAGGCUGUGUGUCAGCUGACAGGAAAAGGUGUGUACCUCAACUGAAUUCACACAAAAAUCUUGCAUUGUGGUACCUUCCUGCAGGGUUUUGCAGAGUUGAAGCUGUGUUACUUUGUGCUUCAAGGCAUAACCACCAUGAAACAAUCAGAAAGUAACAUUUUAUUUCUCUGAUUCACCAGUUUGUUCUCGUUACUACCUAAUCCCCCAACUUCAUUCACUCUCUAGCUUGCUCAACUAUAGCUCAGCCUUGCUGAGCUGGGGAGAAGGAGGGAAUUUUGAAUGGUUUGUUUGCUGAACUGUAGGCCCUUCAUCCAUGCCACAGUCAGCAUGGAUAAGAGAAAAUGAACAUGUGCUGGAUGUAAAGUUGUGUAACCUCACACAACCAGCUACAGCCAAUCUGAUUAAAGUCUUUCAAGAAUUCCUCAUUGACAGUUGACACUUUUGAAUUUAUAGAUUUAUAGGCAUACACUUAAACCAAAUGCUAUUUUUUUAUUUUAAACAUAUUGCUGGGUCUGUCUCAAUAUUGUGUCAGUGUUGAAAAAUAAAUGUCAGUGUUCAAUACAA